GCAGGUGCCGCCAAGUGAACUGCAACUCUAUAUCCCCCGCAAAAUCUUCUCCAGGGAAGUGCCAAAAUCGGGACUUUGAACUUCGCAAGUUCAUACCACGUACCCUUUUAGAUGGUCCGCAUGCAGGAAGAACCGCAAACUUGUGCUAGACUCUUAUGAUGCCGAACGACCCGUUUGACAAACCCAGAUGGAAAACGAAGCAUUUCGGAUCAAGCACCUCCAACAAUAUCACCAGCUGUCUCAUUCGGGCUGUGCUGCCUGAUUGAGGCUGUACCAUCCAAUGCUUCUCGGGGCAUGCAGUUUAUUAUUAUAUAUUCUGCAUAUCGCUGCAUCCACUUCCCUACUCUCUUUUCUUCUGCUGGCCACAGUCGCGAUAUACAGGAUUUACCUUCACCCGCUAUCCCGUGUUCCGGGGCCAAUACUCGCCGCCGUAUCCACCAUCUGGUAUGCCUACCAUGUCCGAAACGGUCGUGUGUUUGUGCUGGCCAAGUCCCUCCAUAAGAAAUACGGGCCAGUCGUUCGAGUUGGCCCUAACGAGGUCUGGUUCGAUUCCGCAGAAGGGUUCAAGAACAUCUACAGUGCUGGCAGCGGCUAUGAGAAAUCUGACUUCUAUCUGGCUACAGCACUCCAACACCCCAAGGUCGACUGGUUACUACGCCUCCACUUCCCCGACACCCUGGAUUUCCUCUCCGAGCGAGACAUGGCGCGGUACCGGCUCCAAAGACGACUCAUCGGUCCAGUGUAUCAGACCUCAAAUUUGAAGAAGUUUGAAGCUGCUAUUGACGACGUUGUAGAAAGGGCCGUCGCCCAGAUAAAGUCCCUGCAGGGCCAAGAGGUCGACUUGAAGGAGUGGAUGCAUAUCAUCGCUGUCGAAUGUCUUGGCGCAGUCGUCCUUUCGUGGUCUCCAGGCUUCCUAAGGAACAAGUCUGAUGGUGGCACGAGCACUCAGGGCUAUCUUGGGUGGAAAAGGAGGAGUGUCCUUGGCCUCUUCCCCAUCGCUGCCACAGCGACGAUACUCUCAAAGUCCUUCGGCAGAGUCUUUUCAAGCGUCUGGGGUGUGACAUACAAGACGCCCAAGAACUUCAAGCCGUUUUUCACAGGGGUAUACCAGAAGUCCUCGCGGAGGAUCGCCGCCGCCCUGAGACCAAACCCCGCCCUUGACAAGCGCAAGGAUCUCCUAGCAGACCUGAUCCAGCUGCACAAGACCAAGCCCGAGUUCACCGAAACAUACCUCCGCCGGCUAGCCGUCACCAACUUCGGCGCUGGCCACGAGACCAUGUGCUCAGCACUGACCUCCGCCAUGGCCAUGAUCGGCUCCCACCCCUCCACCCAGAGGCGCGUCGCGCACGAGGUACGCGCCUCCACCGACUCCACCGCCGACCCGAUGAGCUACACCGCCGUCGUCCGCCUGCCCUUCACCCAGGCGACCAUCAAGGAGGCGCAGCGCCUGUACCCCGUGAUUGGCAUGUCCCUGCCGCGGCGGGUUCCCGCCGGUACCACGGGGAUGCGCGCGCACGGACACCACUUCCCGCCGGGGACGACGGUGGGAUGCAACCCUGCGUCGCUGCACCGCAACGCCGACAUCUUCGGGGCCGACGCCGGGGAGUUCAACCCGGAUCGGUGGCUGCGGCCCGGCGGGGACGCGAGGGCCAUGGAGCGGUACAAUCUGACGUGGGGUGGCGGCGCGAGGCGGUGUCCUGGGAGGCACCUCGCGGAGAUGAUUGUGUACAAGGUCGUGGCUGCGCUGGUGCGUGAGUUCGACGUCGAGGUUAGGGUGCCGCCUGAGGAGGAGAUGCCGGUCUACUUCAUGGCGAUGUUGACGGGGGUCAAGGUGAAGUUUUUGCUGAGAAGAGAUGACGGUUCAUGACGGGGUAGAGGCUACCAGUAAGGGGAUUUCAGCACGGAACCGGAUUCACUGAUCUCCUAGAAUCAUGGGUUUGAGUUGUUGGAAAUAUCUAGUUGGUGUUCAAUUUUUAAACCAGAGACAAGAGAGAGUCAUUAGGAUAAGACCAGAAUCACAACAAUGAGAUACGCAGUGCCAAGUCGAAUUAUUCAUAUUUUGAAGCCA